UGUCUGUAGCGCUAAUUAAUUUUCCAAAGGCUGGGAGGGCUUCGCUGCAAUUCGGGAUCCAGCUGUUGCCGCUGCCAUCCGCGACCCUCCGCUUCCCUCCACCUCCUCUUCCUCCUCCUCCUCGCAUUGCACAGCCCAGUUGCCGGGGCCCCUCGACUGCAAUAAAAUGCUCCAAGAAGGCUCUUUUCUCCCGGUUUGCUUUCCCAUUCUGCUGCUGCUUUGGGGAUCGAGCAUCAACCCAGAUGGUGCAGAGCUGACUGUGGUGAUCCCCGAGCAAGUACCUCUGGACAGGACUGAUUUCCUGCAGGCCAAAAAGAGCACCUCUGAGGAGACCCGGAGGAGACGCUCCAUACUUCUCCAUCCAGAGGAAGAGGAGGAGGCGCUGAUGAUCCACUUGCCUUCAGGCCUUGGUUCCGAUCCAGGCUCUGACCUCUAUUUGAACCUUCACCGGAAUGUGAAGUUUUUGGCACCAGGUUUCUCGGUAGAGGAGAUCGGGGAGGACCAAAACCGCCAUCGAGAGGAUGUCGACCAUUCCUGCUUCUACACCGGACACGUGCUGAACCGCAGCUUCGACUCCUUCGUCUCACUCAGUGCCUGCACCGGGCUGGUUGGCUACAUCCAACUCGGAUCCGAGCUUGUGCAGAUCCAGCCAGCGAACGCCUCCGAGUCUUCGUUCAGUGGGAAGGAGCACUUCAUCAGACGCAAGCGUUCCACCACGAAACUGGCCCGUAGUGCCAAGUCGGAGAUCCCGAACGAACACUGUAAAGUGGUAGCAGAAAAGAAGAAGCAGAAGAAAAAGAAGCCAAUUAAUGACUGGAGGCUGCGGAGGAAUGCAAUUCGACUCACCAACGAGUACACGGUGGAAACGCUGGUGGUGGCAGAUGCUGACAUGGUCCAGUAUCAUGGGGCUGACACUGCUCAAAGAUUCAUCCUUACUGUCAUGAACAUGGUAUACAACAUGUUUCAACACCAAAGCCUUGGAGUUAAAGUUAACAUUCGAGUGACCAAACUUGUGCUGCUUCGGAGCCGUCCUGCCAAGCUGUCCAUUGGGCAUCAUGGGGAAAGAUCGCUGGAGAGCUUUUGCCAUUGGCAAAAUGAAGAGUUUGGCGGUGCAAAAUACCUUGGAAAUAAUCAGGUUCCUGGUGCACGCGAUGACACCCUUCCAGUGGAUGCCGCUGUCUUUGUUACCAGGACAGAUUUUUGUGUCCACAAAGAUGAGCCCUGUGACACGGUGGGCAUUGCCUAUCUCGGCGGGAUCUGCAGCGCAAAAAGAAAAUGCGUCCUUGCAGAAGACAACGGGCUGAAUCUAGCGUUCACCAUUGCACAUGAACUGGGCCACAACAUGGGAAUGAGCCACGACGAUGACCACGCGUCCUGCACUGGCAGAUCGAACAUCAUGUCCGGAGAGUGGGUGAAGGGCAGGAACCCCAGUGACCUCUCUUGGUCCUCCUGCAGUCGCGACGACCUUGAAAAGUUCUUCAAGUCCAAGAUCAGUAGUUGUUUGCUGGUAACAGAUCCCCGUAGCCGAUACGCAGUGCGGCUCCCUUACAAACUUCCUGGGAUGCAUUACAGUGCGGACGAGCAAUGCCAGAUCCUCUUUGGAACCAAUGCAACCUUCUGCAAGAAUAUGGAGCAUUUGAUGUGUGCCGGCCUCUGGUGCCUCGUGGAAGGAGAUACGUCCUGCAAAACCAAACUAGACCCUCCUCUGGACGGCACAGAAUGCGGGGCGGACAAGUGGUGCCGAACGGGCGAGUGCGUCAGCAAAACCCCCAUCCCCGAGCAUGUCGAUGGAGACUGGAGCAUCUGGAGCCAGUGGAGUAUGUGUAGCAGGACAUGUGGAACAGGCGCCAGAUUCCGACAACGCAAAUGUGAUAAUCCGCCUCCUGGACCCGGUGGCAAAAAUUGCCGUGGAGCAAGUGUUGAGCACACAGUAUGUGAAAACCUGCCGUGUUCUAAAGGAGUGCCCACCUUUCGAGACCAACAGUGCCAAUCCCAUGACCGAUACAACAACAAGAAGAAAAACCUUUGGACAGCAGUCAUCAUGGACGAUAAGCCCUGUGAACUCUACUGUUCCCCCGUUGGGAACGAGUCCCCCAUACUGGUGUCAGACAGGGUGGUCGACGGCACGCCCUGUGGACCUUAUGAGACUGAUCUCUGCGUUCAUGGCAAGUGCCAGAAAAUUGGCUGUGAUGGAAUCAUUGGCUCAGCUGCCAAAGAAGACCGCUGUGGAGUCUGCAGUGGAGAUGGCAAAACCUGCAAAGUGGUGAAAGGAGAUUUCAACCAUACCAAAGGGAUGGUAUCCAAUAGUCAAUGUAAGAAGGUUUCCACCUGCGUGAUGGCCAAAGGAAAGGCAGCCCCCAAGUGUUUUUCGUGUUAUAUUGAAGCCACUGUGAUCCCUGCUGGAGCUCGGCGAAUCCGUGUGAUGGAAGACAAACCUGCUCACAGCUUUCUGGCUUUGAAAGAUUCCAGUAAGAAAUCCAUUAAUAGUGACUGGAAAAUUGAACUUCCUGGAGAGUUUCAGAUCGCAGGAACUACUGUCCGGUACGUGCGAAGAGGCCUGUGGGAGAAAAUCUCAGCCAAAGGACCUACUAAAAUACCACUCCACUUGAUGGUGCUGCUGUUCCAUGACCAAAACUAUGGGAUCCACUACGAAUACACCAUCCCUGUGAAUUAUUCUGCUGAAAACAGAACUGAGCCAGAAAGCCUGCAGGACUCCUUAUAUAUUUGGACACACAGCGGGUGGGAAGGCUGCAGUGUCCAGUGUGGAGGAGGAGAACGUAAGACCAUUGUGUCCUGUACACGCAUUGUCAACAAGACCAUGAUGCUAGUAAAUGAUAGUGCCUGUCAGCGUGUUACCCGUCCAGAUCCUCAGAUUCGAAGAUGUAACAUCCAUCCCUGCCAGUCAAGGUGGGUGGCUGGCCAGUGGAGCCCUUGCUCUUCCACCUGUGCUAAAGGCAUCCAGAUCCGAGAAGUGACUUGCGUCUAUCAGCUGCAGAACGGCACCUAUGUGAACACCAGAGAUGUCUACUGCCUGGGCCCCAAGCCAGCGCCUUUACAGAGCUGCGAGGGCCGCGACUGCCUUUCCAUCUGGGAAGCAUCAGAGUGGUCAAAGUGUUCAUCCGACUGUGGACGAGGGAUACAGAAGAGAACCGUCACGUGCACUAAUUCGCAAGGGAAGUGUGAUGUAGCCACCAGGCCGAGGGAAGAGGAAGAUUGCGAGGAUCACACAGGCUGUUACGAGUGGAAGACGGGGGACUGGUCCAAGUGCUCUUCAACAUGUGGGAAAGGCCUUCAGUCGAGGGUGGUGCAGUGUAUGCACAAGGUCACGGGUCGUCAUGGCAACGAAUGUCCUGUCCUCUCCAAGCCUGCAGCCUACCGACAGUGUCACCAGGAGGCCUGUAACGAGAAGAUAAAUGUCAAUACUAUUACCUCUCCAAGGCUUGCUGCUCUGACAUACAAGUGCACAGGGGAUCAGUGGACAGUUUAUUGUCGAGUAAUUCGAGAGAAGAACCUGUGUCAAGACAUGAGGUGGUACCAACGCUGUUGCCAGACCUGCAGAGACUUCUAUGCGAACAAGAUGCAACAGAAGAGUUAAUGAAGCCUGGCCUUGGUUCCUUAGGAGGAUGUUGCAGCUCGUAUGUAUUUUUUUUUCCAGAAAAGGCAUAAUUAACUUAUGGAACUCACUGCCACAAACGUGUGACAGUGUAUUUUUUAAGAAAAAAAAGAAAAGAACGAAAAGGGCUAUCAUGGGGGAUAGACCUAACUGUGACUUUUAGCAAAGAUCGCUUCAUGGUACUGCCACAUUCAGAGGCAGUAGAGCUCUGAAUGCCAGAUGUCAGCGACAAAGGGUGGCAGUAAGCAUUGUACUGGCCACACCUGGUUGGCCACCUUUUAAAAAAUAACAGAAUUAAAAAUAACAGAGGGACCGUGGCCUGAUCCUCAGUUCUUUAUAAGCUGCAAACUCCAGGGUCUGCCGAUCUUCAGCUAAUUGCUUGAACCUGGUGGAUUCCAGCGCUUACGUUUAUACGACUUGAAACUCCAUCCCCAGUCUGGAAGUACCAAAGCAAUCCACCAUAGGAGAAAAAAAUAAUAAUCUUGAAGCCAAUCAUGUAGAAUUUUAUAAUGUUUUGACAUUGCUACGUUUUUUCAAUAAUAUAUAGAUUAUUUCUAGCCACUGGAUGGCUUGCUACCAUUUUUCUUUUUAAAGGAAAAGAUUUGAAAAGUGAUUAAAAUUGACUAAAAGUUUUGUGUACCUCAACAGGGUAUGCCUCUGGCAAAGAACUCAGUGUAGAUAGAGACGUUACUUAAUCCUUCGGCCUUGGCUUCUAGCGUCUUUUUCUCAGCCCUAACUGUACGUGGAGGACUGAUGGCAUGAAAGGGAGAGCCAUUAAUGAAAUGCUUAAUUUAGAAAAAAGAGGCUUUGCUAGAAAAGUUAACGCAAGCCAACAGCAGUGGAUAGCCGUGUCUGAAAUCUCCGCAGAAAGACUCGGACAGCUGCAGCCAACAUUCCACCAAGAAUAAUUUUAAAAGAAGGAGAAGAAGGGCGGGGGGGAAAUCAAUCAGGAACGAACUUUCCUCUUCCUCUCUGGCAAUAGAGCGUCUUUUUGCCUUGUUGUUUUUUAAGGUGCCUUAUACUUAUCCAAGGUUACCAAAACACACACGCAAAUUUAAUGAACCUAGAAGCCAAAAUUGAAGUUGACAUGCUACUUCCUGUAGCAGCAAUUAGAACUGGGGCUGCAUUUGUAUACGGCAGUUGUUGCGAUUCCAGGUUUGACAACCCCUGAGCUGCAGGAAACAUGACCGGUCUGUGAGUGGGUGCACCAUUGGGAUAUAGCUGUGUUGCUGGCUAGUACAAGUGGCCUAUUAAUUUGGAUGGACAUAGAAAGGGGGGAUAUCAAGUUUUUUCAGAUAACUAAGGAAGCUACUGCAGAGGGUAGGUCAAAUGGGAAAACUGCAAGUGACACAGGGUAGCUCUAGAAACCACUGGAAACUCGAUGGUUUUACAUUACCAACAUCCCAUUCCUCCCAUUGGCUCAGCCUGGUAAUUCUAUUUCCAACAUAACCUUUUUACAACCCUAGUCCUAUGGAAAGUGAUAAGGAAAGCGGAUGGGGGUGGGGACUGUUAGCAUUUUCCAUGGGUUUGCAGGUUGUUAAAACAUCCAAGGCCAGUAGAUGCAUCAAAUCUUCCUCCUUCAAUCUUGCUCAAGGCAUUAAUCAAGCAAGUUGUGAAUGGCAGGAUGAUGCCCUAGCAGAGAGGGAAAUGUACAAGAGCAAAGACAGAGCAGAAGCUACCAACCUGGAUCACCCCUGAGAAGCCAUCUUGUUUAACACAGCCCAACUGCCCAGGUUGUCCAAGAGCACAGUGGGACAGUCAAACGUCUAUGCUAUGGAAAUCCAGCAUCCAAAACCUGGGAUAGAUCUGGUUAUAUUUGGAACUUGCAAAAGGGUCAACGGCUAGGCAUUCAGAAAACACACACGCAUACAUCACUGUGUCAUAAUACAAUGAGCCAAAAUAGAAACUCGAGGUGUUUUUUGAAAAGAGUCAGAUGCCAUAUUUUUUUUUCCUGGCUAUGGAUCUAGGAUCCUGUGGACUGUUUCGUGAUAGGGACAUGCAUGCUAAUGGUGCUCAAAAACUGAAAGACAAGAUUUUAGCCUAUCUCAGUAACAGCAAUGUUUGCAAUGACUAUAACUGGAGCAAGGGAGGAGUUUUGUUUCACUCUCUUUAAGUUCCACUGGUGCUCACCGUUCCUGUGUUAUCAGGUGGAUUAAAAAAUUAUAGUCUGUGGUCUUGCUUAGCGUUCUGUCUCUACCAGAAAGGCUGCACCAUAACCAGCGUUCUGUCUGUACUGGAAAGGCUGUACUGUGACCAUUUUCAAAGACCCUGUGUAGUCCUAACAGCGUUCUUAGAUGGCUCGUUUCGUUUCCUGAUGCCAUUUAAGUAACACUUAACAGGCACAUCUCAAACGAGAUGGCGGGAGUGCCUACAUCUAACUGAAACCAGUGAGACUGGGGUAUUGGACUGUACAAGUCCCAUUGUAUUCUGGCUAGUAAACCAUUGGGGUGCAAGGUUUCUUUUUAAAAGAUCAAACUUGAUGGGGAGACUUGGACCCAAGCCUUACCUCAGCUACAAAGCUCUUCCAAAUUGCUCGUUCUCAUCCUGUCCUCCUUUGCAAUGCUGUUGUGAAGAUGAAAAAAAAAAUCAGGUGACUCCAUGCACCCAGCUUCUGGGAAUAUGAGUCAGCCCCCUCGCUUUCUCCAGGUUGUGCCUGAUCUCAGGGUCGUGUUGUACUCAUCUGUCAGUCUGUCUGUCAUACUGUGCGAGAGGCCCUUCUUUGUUUUUGCUACACUCCUUAUUUCUCCUCCUCAGAAGUAAUUGCAGAGGGACAUGGAGACGCAACCUGCGUUCCUGGCCCUAGAACAACAUGCAGAUGCAUUCUGCAUCCUCUUUGAGAAAUUGUGACGGAUCUAACCAAAAAGACAGUGGCAAUCACCUUUCUCUACAGUUGCAGCCUUGCUAUCUGGGUCCCACAGACCGUUGCUCCAAGAAAGCGGCAUCCAGUGGCUGUCCUUGAUUCUGUGCCCAUUUUGCCUUCAAACCCCUGCACAGCUAUGAAAGAGACAAGACAGAGCAUGGCUAGAACUAGGAACGGGCACCUGCCCUGAAUGCAGGCUCAGACCUUACUUGCUUUCUCUGCAGGCACACAACAGCUGCAGGGAACACCAUUUUGAAAGCAUGUGGGGACACGAUUAUGGUCAGGACUGCAGCAGCGAGGGGGUUCCUGCCUUUCACGUGCAACUGCAAAAUUAUGCAAAUAACUCCCCAUCGGGACCAUUCUGGCUUGGGAAACCAGCAAAGGAGGAGAACCUGACCUGUUAAAAAAGUCUCAUGUCAUUUUGACCGUCGGUUCUUCCUCGCAUCGUGCAGCACCUGCCCCAGGUGACUCGGCAGUAAAACUCAAAACCAAUAGUGCCGUAUCAGGUACCGAUUCGGAAACAUUUUGAGAUCUUCAGGAUACUGCAUAAAGACAGAUAAUAUUCAGGAAGCCUCGGGCAAAAGCAGCAGCAUUAAUAAAAUGUUACAUUAAGAAAUCCAUUUUAAUAAAGCAUUAUAUUUGAGGGAGUGGAACUGCCUACCAAAGUUAACCGGAUCCAAAUUUAAUCUUAAGAUACACAAACCUGGAUCCUGAAUGUAAUAAAAUAAAACAACAAGAAGAUGCAUCAAUAUGAUUCUUAUCAAACAGAACGUCUCUAACCGUAGCUGAAACAGCCUACAACGUGCAGAAAAAUUACAGUAAGAACAAACCCUUAGAAGAAGAGUUUAUUUGGGGGGAACAGAUCAGGAACACAAGUUUCGGGAUCGUCCCCAAUCCUAUGUAUUGCCUAAAAUCCAUACAAAUGUCCCCCCACCCCGCCCAUCAAAGAGGGAGAGUGAUCGUUACCUGGUAGCAAUUCUGUUUAGAACGCUUGCACAAAAUACAUUGGCUUUCCUCCCAGACAACUCGUUCCUCUUGCACAGUUUUGCAUAUGCAAUUCACUGCUUUCAUCAACAAAUUGAACAGUGUGCCGAAUGUGGAAAUGGACGACCUUUGGGUCUCAUUAAAUGCUCAAUCUUUGUAUACUAAUAUUUUGCAGCUGGAAGAUUUGGGCCAUUGUACAAAAUAUCUUAAAACGAGGGACAAGAAGAAUCUGGAGACACAUUUUUCGGUGUUAGUAGAGAUAGCUCUGAAGAUUUGUUAUUUCUCAUUUGAUAAAUUACACUGGCAAAUCAAGGGAUUUUUCUGCAUGCCAGAAUUGGCCAAUUAGGAUAUAGGUGAAUUUCAAAAGGAAUUUAUUCACUCCUCAGACCAUUCAUUUUCCAGAACACUGUCAAAUAGUGGGGGCUCAUGGCUGAUAUGUUCUUACUUUGGAGCAGGGAAGUGAUGCUGUUGGAGUAGAUACUGGUGGCAGAGAGAGCACCCUCAAAUCAUAGCUGACUUAUAGCGACCCCCAGUGGGGUUUUCAUGGCAAGAGACUAACUGAUGUGGUUUGCCACUGCCUGGGCCUGCCUCUGCAACCCUGGUCUUCAUUGACGGUCCCCUGUCCAAUUACUAACCAAGGCUGACCCACUUAGCUUCUAAGAUCCGACGAGAUCAGGCUCACCUGGGCUAUCCAGGUCAGGGCAGGGUAGAUAUUAGAGAUGAUUAUUUCAUAUCUAUGCUCCCUUUUGAAAGCAGCCAGACAAUUUUCAGCUAUUAUGGUUCAAAAAGAAGAUGGGAAAUCGAUUACAACCGUGACUCGAAAAACUCAGAGAUGGAACAUGUCAAAACAAGUUGACAUGUGAUCAAGGUUUGGGGCCACUUUAAGAGAAAUUAUUCAAAACCUACAGUGCUUUAAAACAUAUAACUGUGCGUAGAAUAGCACAGUAAGGUUUGAACAGUUUUUCUUAAAAUCAAUGAGCUUGGAUUUUAAAGGGUAUAACUCUGCUAUAUUAUCUCUUUUUAUAGAUACAGGAUAUAGGUUUUUCUGCAGUAGCAGUAUCAAUAAGCAUGUUACUUUAAAAAUUAUAAUCAUUUUGGUUUAUGUUGGAAGCUCCUUUUUCUUAAAAAAAAUGUGUUUUUAGCAUAACUUUGUUCUGAGGCUUUCCCCCCAAGAUUCACUGAACAUUAUACAUUUGAAUAGAUACCCGCGAGGAUUUCAAAAUGCAUCUGGAACUAUACCCGCUAUUUUUAAUCACACCUUUCUAGCUCUGCCUGGGCCUUACUCUCCAUAUUAUACAACAAACAUCUGUUGAAACUGGCUAGACUUGCCAAAACUAUUACUAAUAUGGCAGUGUGGGUUUGCUUCAAAGGAACAAAAAAAACCCAGUGGGCAGGUGUCUGCUUUUGAGAAGAGUGAUGAUGCCACCCUAAAUAGAAUCACACACGUCUAAGAGACAGACUAAAUGAUACGUGUGCCAAGAGUAAGGUUGGCGGUCUGCAGCCCCUGGUGCCCCACAGUGGGGCAAACAGCCCUCCCCGGUGGCUGUUUCAACCUAGCAAAAUGGCAGGGGAGACUUAAAUCCCUCUUCCCCCUGUGCUGCUGUCUCAAGCUGAACUGGGUCCCAAUGAGCUUGGGAAAUUUAGUUCCCCAAUGUUGUGUGUGUGUGCCUGCAAGUCAGAACAGGUGCUCCAACCUAGCACACACAGCGUCUAGUUUGGCCCUAAGUCCAUGGGCUUAGAAGGCUGCAACUCUGCUUAAAGUAGCUCUUUGGAAUCAGGCUUUCAAGCAGACAGCCCUCUCUGGUUAAAAAAGCGGAGCAAACUGUCUUCUCUACCAGUUCUUGUCAAAAGCCUCCCUGGAAUUUCUCUCAAUACGCCUGCUUUGUAUUUGCUUUUGCACUUACGACAAUCCAGUCCUGUGAUCCAGUGGGUUUCAAGCCUUCUCUCUUCGGCAAACACUUUCCACAUUAGAAUCUGCUGGGUGUGGGAGAAUAGUUCCUUACCUGUAACUGCUGUUCUUCGAGUGGUUGUCUGUGCUUUUACCCCAAGGACUCGACACCUUCCUUUAUUUUGUUUAGGGGGAAGGGGGGAGCAUCAACGGGCAAGCUGAGCCUUGAUCUUUCUCUGCAACAACAGAAUAUGACUUCAGACCAUACCCCACAACCUGGAGCACUGGGUAAACUGGGAAAUGCAAACUGUCUUUCUGGGAAGCUCAUCUUCCAUUACUGGCCUCCUCAAUGAAGGGACCACGGAAAAACUACCAGCAACUGGUUUCCAGGGUUCCCCAUCGCAGUUUGCAAAUCAUACUGUAUCAACAACCAGUGGAUAUUGUAUAGACCUAUGUCUGGUUUGUUUCCUAGGUGACCAGCACUGCCACAGCAGUUUCUCCAUUAUGUAAAGCCACGUUGUGUGUACUGUUUUUAAAAGUACUGUACCUUUGUAAUUGCACAAUGUUUCCUAUACACAGUGUUGAUUCUCACUAAGAUAUGGUGCUAUCUUUUUUAUUUUCCCUUUCACUGGUGGUAAAACUAAAAUUACCCCACUGCAGUUGAGUAGCCAUGUUUUAUUCUAAUACAGGGCAAUAAUACCAUGUACGUUUUCGAUACAGAGUGAAAUGUGUACAUAUUUUUCCCCCAUAGUUAAUUUACCUAUGAAUUGUAGCCAUGGUAAUAUUUCUAUUUUUUUCCUUAUGGUGCUAGCUAAAAUAUGUCAAAGAUAUCCAGUCAAAGCAUAAUAGAACCAGUUGUAAAUUAAAAGAUCAUUCCUUUU